AAACGUGAAUGUGGAUUUUUUUUUUUUUUUAAUGGCCGGUAUUCGGCAUUUUCUCAUGGUUAUCAAAUUGUUUAUAAAACAUUGGACAGUGCGAAACCGACUGUUAAUGUCACACUUCAGUAACUCUAGUUUCUUUAUAAGUUUUAUUAUAAUAAGUGUUUUUUUUUCUUGUUCCUCUGGAACCAUUAUAAUAGUAAUAAUGUAAAUUAUGCUCUGUGUGAUGACACGACCAAUGUAUAUCAUAACAUCAUACGCUUUUCAGGUGAAGUCUUGUUUUUUUUAUUUUUUUAAAGAAGUCAAUAAUCAGUUUUCAGCUAGCAGAAAAACAGAAAUGGGAGGGAGGCUGAAGCCCCUGCAUCAUCAGACUAACCGUGCAGGAACAUCAUAAAGAAUACAGGAAGCUACUGUUAAAAGGAGCAGCAUUAUUGCUGCUGACGCAAAAGAAGAGAAAUGAAACUUAAGUAAGACUCCAGCUGAGUCCACGCGAUGCUGUCCAAGGACAUCAGUCAGUGAAAAUAUUAAUGACACAUUCAGGCCAAGCAAGAGAUUCAUCACCCACAAGACAUUUCAAGGGUCAUUAUACAUUUUUGUAUUCAGUGCCUGGUUUAAAGAUUAUGAUUGUAUCAAAAUGUCAGCAAGUGCUUCCAGACUGUCUCCUCUUUUAUUGGUCUAUGACCUCAAACUUGUUUGCACUCAGUGCUGUGUCAAGGAACAAGAAAUUACAUAUAGAUUGAAAUCAGUUCAACACAAGUGCGGACACAAUGUCCUGCUCUGCAAAGCCAAAGGUGGCAUUAAAUGGAGGCCCGUUUCUAGACGGCCAAUAUUUCCAAACCCAAAUAAGUAUAUGGCCUGUUGGUACUAUGUAGAGGGGCGUGGUUGCACCCAGCACAAGAACCGGUGCACCUUUGCCAGAAGUGAUGAGGAAGCUGCAGUGUGGACAUUUGAAAAGCACCAGGGAUUGGAUCACGCACUUCUCUGUAAUCUCAUUGCUGAGUCUGAGAGAGGAACUUGUCAGGCUAACAUUGAUGAACCUCUGGGUGACCUCUUGGCAGAUGUAGAUUUAAAAGCUGUGUGUAAUUUGUGCUCUGUCAAGGUAAAUGAAAUAACAUACAACGUUCAGUCAGUUGUGCACAAGUGUAGAAGAUCUCUGCUACUAGCUAAAGGCAAAGCCUCCGACCUAUGGAAGCUUGUCUCUAAGCGACCUACACUUGCUCAAACUGUUUGUUACAAAGUGUGUAAAUAUAUUGCUGAGGACUCCAGAUGCACACAACACACGCAGGGUCGAGGAUGCACUUAUGCCAAAAGCCUUGAAGAGGCCACUGUUUGGAACUAUCUUAGAGAGAAAAAAAUGGAUAAGAAUGAGUUAAUCAGACUUUUAACACAGUCUGUCUCAUUAACACCAGAACAUGCAGCUGAAAGCAUGCUCCGGCACUUUUCAGGUGAAUUCAUUGAGGUCUGUAAAGACUGCUUUCAGGAACACCCACAAAAACUAACAACCAAAAGGUGGAAUGAUUUUUGUGCGGCAGACAUAGCACAUGCCUGGAACCCAGUCUUAGUUUAUCACCUAUCAGAGAACAGCAGGAAACAUGUCUACAGUCAGGUGCGCCCGCUUCCCCCAAACUGUCAGUUUACAUAUUGUAGUUAUGUAAUACAAGGGAAGCCCUGCUGGCACACUGCCAGUGAAUGCCAGUCUGCCCAAAGUGAGGUGGAGAUGGCUGUGUGGAAAGCAGAGCAUACCGGGCUCUGUGUUCGGCGUCACCUACUUCAGCUGAGUCAACCAGCGCAGACACAGCCCAGGAAAGUGACCAUGUACUGCAAAGUUUGCCACCUGAGUCUUUCUUCCCCAGAGAGCUUCUAUAAGCACUGCGCCUCUUUGGAACAUGCCCAGUUAGUCGCCCAGGACACCACUACCAGGUGGAGAGGACGCGAGGUGCCACACAACCGGCGAGCUGAGCUUUGGCUUUGUGAGAGACCCCAAACUUGUGAGUACGGCAGUAAGUGCCCAAAAGCUCAUUCUAUGGAAGAGCUGCAGGAAUGGAUGAUGCGUGCUGCAGAAGAGAAGGAGAUCAAACAUAACAUUCAAGCCCAGGGUCUCAUGUCUUAUAAUGAUAUGCUCUUGGAGGAAUACAAAAACAGCAGUAAUGAAGUGUACAUUAUGUCUGAACAUGUUGACGAUGUCAGCAUCUCUUGCGAUGAAGAUUCAACUGUGGAGUGUCAAGAGAUUAAUGCAACACUAAAAUGGAAUUUUCAAAUUGAGACAGAGAGAGAGCUUGUGCAUGUGGCAUUGCUAAAGCAAGAACCAGGAGCUUCGUUCACCCUUGGUGAUGCAGAUUCCGAACCUUGCAUCUACUCAUCAGGUGAACCUUUUCUCAGGGAGGAUGGGACCUAUGACAUUACCCUAUCAUUCACAUCCAUCAACCCAGGCUUGUACAGACAAUGGUUAGUGCUUGAUUUUGACAUGAGACCAGUGCUCUUGAAAAAACUCAAAGUCAGAGUAGGCCAUUCAGUAGUCACUGAACAACCAGCUGUGAGCAGUGGAGCAAGAUUUCAGAGUUGUGAACGUUGGCACAGAGGGAACAGGAUAAUCAUCCCAUGUUCGUCGAGGACAGAAGAACAGGAUGAGUUAUUAAAGAUGUACAAGCCUCCACAGAUUAGUUUCCUGUAUAAAUCCUCCCACAACAUUCAAACACCACUGAAUAAUGAAAACUACAAAGAAAGAAUGCACCAUUUCCUCUACAAUGAAGAAUGUGCAGAAGACCAGGUUGUUUCAAGACUAAAUGUUUGUGGAGAAAUUACAGCACUGGAUACAUUAUACAGUUUGCAGUUUGGUGUGGAGGCUCCUUGGGGGCAACUUUUUGGUGUUGUCUUGAUUCCUUGUCACAUUACACAAGACAGCCCUGAGGGACUGACACUACAACGAAGCAUCCGAUCUGCCCUGAUAGCCCCUUUAACUUCUCGCCCAAACUCUAAAGUCUAUGAAGCAAGCGUGUUGCCAUACAAAACAACUGAGAAUAAACUUUUUUUGCUACUGUCAAAGCAAUGUUGCUUUGAUCUUGCACUAAAAAGAAAUGAAUCAUAUCAAAUGGAGGUGCAAUUCCAGCUGGACCGCCUCAACUACUGCACCAUGCACAGGGCUGUCGAUCUUCUUCCCGAUACAAAGACUGUGCUGCCAGUCCUUAAAAGUUGUGUAAUUCCUGUUGGUAACAUUACCUGUGAAAAUCUCAACACAAAGCAGCAAUUAGCAAUUGAAUUUAUCACAGGGAAUUCUAAUGUCAAAAACUUUGUGGCACCCCUCCUGAUUUAUGGACCUUUUGGAACUGGGAAGACAUUCACCCUUGCAACAGCAGCCAGAGAGCUUUGUAAGGAUCCUCAGAACAAAGUUCUAAUUUGCACCCACACCAACAGUUCAGCAGAUCUAUAUGUCAGAGAACAUUUCCAUCCAAUCAUCAGCAAGAAAAAUGGUGGAAUCAGGCCAAUCAGAAUAAAAGCAAACAAACAAGGGACUGCUUUGCAUGCUACUGAUAGCAUUACUUUGAAAUACUGUCUCCUUUCAGAAGAAGGACAUUAUUUUCUACCACCUACAAAAGCUGCUCUAGAUCAGCACAACAUAAUCAUAACUACCACAACCAUGGCAAGACAUUUUCAUGACCUAAAUCUUCCAGAGGGAUACUUCACCCACAUUCUGAUUGAUGAAGCCUCUCAGAUGCUAGAAUGUGAAGCCCUAAUGGCCCUUGGUCUUGCUGGGUCAAACACAAGAGUUGUUCUAGCAGGAGAUCACAUGCAAAUGGGACCAAAGCUUUUGUCCGUGCCUGACCAUGAUCGUUCCAAUCACACACUCCUCACUCGCUUGUUCCACUAUUAUCAAGGCCAAAACUGUGAUGCUGCUAAGAAAAGCAGAAUCAUUUUGCAUGAAAAUUAUCGCUCAACCAGAGAAAUUGUGGAGUUUGUCGCCACCCAUUUUUACGUUGGUAAAAAUGAUUUCAUCAAAGCUGCUGGAGAUGUUCCAGCUCCUACAAACUGCCAUGCUCUGAAGUUUCACCAUGUCAGGGGAGAGUGCCUCUUGGAGACAGUAUCGAUGUCUUGGUAUAACAACGCAGAGGUGACAGAAGUGGUUGAAGUAGUGAAAGAUAUUCUUAAACACUGGCCAGCAAGCUGGGGUCACAAGGACCAAAGCUCAAUCUGCAUUCUGUCAGAGGGAUUUCAGGUUCCUCGAAUUAGGACAGCACUUUCAAGCAGAAACCUUGCAAACAUCAAAGUUGAGAGACUUGCAAAUGUUCAAGGAAAACAGUUCAGAGCAGUCAUAAUGACAACUGUGCAAACACGUGACAGCCUAAAAACAUCUCACCUGCCUGGUCUGGAGAUGUUCAAUGAUGCCCGUGUUUUAAACACUGCGAUGACAAGGGCUCAAUCCCACGUGGUUGUAAUUGGAGAUGCUGCCGCCCUGUGUUGCUUUGGGAAAUGUUCAGGAAUCUGGAAGAGUUUCAUAAACCACUGCAUCAACAGCAACAGUGUUGCACCACAACAUUUCACUAAAGAGUUCUUUGAACAAGAUAUUAUGGAAACUGUAAAGUUUCAGAAGUUCGAACAUGUGGAUGAGAGCCAUACUCUAGAUGAUGCGAUUCUUAAAGAGCUGAAAGAUGAUUAUGAGCAACUGAAAGCAGAUGAAGACAGUUUGGAAUUUCAGAUGACCUUUUCAAAUCACGAUGGGUCAAGGGCACUAUACAAUUUCACCGAUACUGGCACAGAUCUUUUAAAGAUGUGUAAAAAACAACCGGAGAUUUACAAACAUGGGAAGUUUUUCAGGGAAUCACACAGGAAAGGCUACGUCAUACCAUUUCAUAAUCCGACCAAACAAAUAAGCAUCGUGGGACAGGCAAAUCUUGGUAAGGCCUUUACUGGAGAUCAAGUGGUCCUCCACAAAACAGAAGUUGUAAGCAUCACCAAGAAAGAAGAAUCAGCACGUGUACUUCUGUGCCUGCUUGAGGAUGAAGAUCACAGCAAAUCACGACAGAAUUCUGAAAGCAAAUUUAUCAGAAGGAUGAUGAUACCGAUAAAAAAAUCGGAGCCCAAAAUAUGUAUACUGAUUUUAAAGAAGAAGCGCAACUAUAUGCCAAUAUGGGAGGAAAUUGAUGGAGAAUGGACAGUUGCAACACAAAAGUAUAUUGAUGAAAAUCUAAAACAGAACAGUCUAUUCAAGGUGCAAGUGAUUUGCUGGAACAAAGACAAUUUUUUUCCAUUGGGGUACAUCAUAGAUAUUCUUCCAGUUGGCAGCUCUUUGGAUUCUGGACUAAAGAUCCUGAAUGAAGAAUUCAAAGUUGCAUACCAUCCAUGCAAAUCAGACAAGGCUGUUUACAACACUGAUGAAAACAAUACAAACAGACAGGACUUGCGUAAGAUAAUCACUUUUACUGUGGAUCCUGCAAAAGCAAAGAUCCUGGAUGAUGCUAUCAGCGUCAGGGAACUUGAAGAUCAUUACGAAUUGGGACUCCAUAUUGCUGAUGUGGCAAGUGUUGUGAAGCCAGGUGAUGAUUUAGAUAGGGCUGCAGAACAAAGUGGCACUACCUACUACUGUGCUGAGGAGAAACCUAUUUACAUGUUUCCCCAGGACUUGAGCAUUCAACUCAGUCUGCAAGAAGGUCAAGAUCGCAGGGUGGUCUCACUGAUGUUCAAAGCAGAAAAGGAUACAAAUAAGAUAACAGGAAAACCCAAAUUUCAGCUGUCUACAAUCAACUCUGACAAGCAGCUGUCAUAUUUAGAGGCAGAGGACAUCAUCUCCAAAAGCUAUAAAGAGACCCCCAAAUGUGAUACUGUUGAGCAUUGUGUAACGGUUGCUUAUUGUUUUGCAAAAGCUCAAAGGAAGAUAAGACUUGAAUCUGAUUGGGCUUAUUCUCAAACCGAUGCUGACAGAUUGCCCGGGCAGCGCAAAGCACAUCUGAUGAUUGAAGAGCUUGCUGUGUUAUUUAACCAACAUGCAUCCAAGACUUUGAUCAGCUGUGACAAAACCAGGUAUUCCACACCACUUCGCUGUCAGGCAAAACCAGAUCCUGUAAAGGUAGAAGAAUUCAAAGAGGAAUGUGGAGAAUUUAUACCAUUGUCUUUUCUCGUGCGGCACAAAGUAGACCAUGAACAACAAAGCCCAAAGUGUCAAAACUUUCGCAUACUCCCUGAAGUGUGGAAAGAAAUUGUUGCAGCUACCAGAACAGAUGAUACAGACAAAAUGAUAGAUCUAGUUGCUGCUGACGAAAUCCACCCUCUGGUACAACCAGUCACUCAAAAGUUCAGAAGGUGCUUCAGUAAAGCUUACUUCAUCUGUUCAAAAUCAUCUCCUGAGGCAGAAAUAGGGCAUUAUUCUCUGAACCUAAAGUCUUACACAAAAGCUUCCUCACCAAUACGGCAGUACAUGGAUGUCAUCUUGCAAAGACUCUUGCAUUCUUACAUAUGUAAUACAGAUGUUCAAUACACUAAAUCAAAGAUCAUGGCUUUGUGCAGUCAAUUUCAGGAGAGCCUCAAGAAUGCCGAGAAGUAUGAACAGAAGGCUGAGCAAAUUUCAUAUGCAGUGAGCAUGAAAAAACAAAGUGCUUCAAAGAUAGCCUUUGUUGUUCAUGCAAAUCCUGAAGAAGACAGUUUUGCAGUAGCAUUUCCCUUUAACAAGAACAUAUUUGUUGGGAAUUUGCGAAUUAUGUACAAAGAUUUGCAACUAGACGAUCAACCAUUUUACGAUGAAGAAAAACACAGUGUCACUCUUAAAUGGAAAAGGCGGAUCUAUUCAGCUGAUGCCAUGCAAAUCCACCAAGAGCUGAAAAUGAUGGCAGAUAGUCAUCCUUGCAUUGAGGUUCCAUUGAGAGUAUGGAAAGAUACUAUUGAGGCAAUUGACAAUGGAAAAUUAGAUCAUGCAAAGCGUCUCAUAAUGCAUGCUGAUGCUGAUUUGAAGGAACUGGGAAAACAAACUGUUUUGCCUCAGUCCUCUGAAGGUUACUAUGUUCAGGCUGAAAAGUGUCUCUCUGAGGAGCAAGAAAUACCAGAGAUGCAAACUGAGCAUUUUGUUGACAUCCAACUCGAGUUGCAGCCAGGUGACAUCCUACAGGUCCAAUUGACUUCAAGCAUUAAAAGAGGUUAUCAAAUGCCCACUGUUCAGUUGGUACACAUUAAACCAAAGUUUGAAAUGUGUGUUGACCAUGUCAACAGCCCUAUCACAUGCUUCUCCAGAUUGGCAGAUAUUCCUUCAAGGACUCAUUACAAUGAUACCAAGGAGUAUAUACGGAUCUGGAAACCUUUGUGUGAGAUGGAAUCUGCUGCCAAUGCAGUGAAUGAAAGUGAUAUCAUUAUCAUUGAGAACCUCCAGGUAAAGUUUAACCAAGAGUUGGAAGGCAUACUCAAAGGAAGCUUUUUCUUACCGCUACAAUGGAUCAACGAAUGGGCCAUUGAAUUUAACCUUCGAAACUGCUUUCUGUGCAUACGGAAAAGAGGUCUCAAACUGGAAACUUCAAAUGUGGAAACUUCAAACGUGGAAAAUUCCACCCUGGUAGACCCAAAAGAGUUCACAUGGGUAGCCCAUGGUUUCACAAGUAAUGCAGAAAAAUUAAAAAAUGGUGGAAGUAAAGUGGAGUUCUACAUUAGUCACCUGCCUAUGGAGACCAUUCCUGAAUGUGUUUUUCAGAAAAACACUCAUUUCACUGUUGAAAUCAUUCCAAAACUCAUCCCUGACAUCCGGAAAGAAAAUGCUGUAGUCAACAUUACAUCGGCAUGUGACUUUGUUAAGGCUAUAGCACUAGGGCAGCGCAUUCCAAAAGAGGUUAAAUCAAGCUUAAAUAUUGUGAGGAGAAACAUAAAUGGACUGCCAGAGCUGAACCAGAGCCAGCAUCGUGCAGUAGAUAAAGCUCUAAAUAAUACCUUCACACUGAUACAAGGACCCCCUGGAACUGGAAAAACAGUAGUAGGUGUGUACAUUGUACACAGUUUUUUUGAGCACAACUCUAAAAACAAAAUGAAAUUGGAUGACCCAAAGGAUAAGGAAAAGAAAAAGGUCAUUCUCUACUGUGGGCCAUCCAACAAGUCUGUUGAUGUUGUAGCAGGGUACUUAAUGAGGUUUAAGGACAGCCUAAGGCCCCUCAGGGUUUACAGCCAAGAAGUGGAGAUGCUUGAUUUCCCCUUUCCAGACUGCAAGCUGCAGUUUUCCCAAAGAACCCUUCGCCAAGAUCAUUCCAAACCAGAGCUCAGGGAUAUCACUAUGCAUCACCGCAUGCGUCAGGACCAAAACAUUUAUUCAGUUCAAAUAAGAGACUUUGAUAAACGUAUUAAACUUGCUUUUGAAAAAAAGGGAGAACUGACUGCUGAAGAAGUGAAAGAAUACAAAAACCUUCUCAGAGACGCUCGGGCAUAUGAACUACAACAGCAUGACAUCAUACUGUGCACAUGUACGCAGUCUUCCACCCCAGUCUUGACUAAGACUGUCACUGCACGUCAAAUUCUAAUUGAUGAGUGUGCUAUGGCCACUGAACCCCAGGCCCUGAUUCCACUAGUCUGCAACAAACCAGAAAAGAUUGUUUUGAUUGGGGACCACAAACAGCUACGACCCAUUGUGAGGAACGAAUUUGUGAGGAAGCUUGGAAUGGCCAAGUCUCUGUUUGAGCGCUACUAUACAAUCCAUGAGAAGAGGGCAGUUAUGCUGGACAUCCAGUACAGAAUGCACGAGGACAUAUGUAAGUUCCCAUCAAAUGAAUUUUAUAAUGGAAACCUGAAAACUGGAGUGGAACAGCAGAGGAGUGUCUUUCAAGUUGACCACAAGACAAAACCCAUUGUUUUUGGGGAUGUCAAAGGAAAGACGAUAAGUCUAGUUGUCAACACAGCCCAAGGCAACCAAAACUCUAAAGCUAAUCUUGAAGAGAGAAACAAAGUGAUUACCAUUGCUGAAAAGCUAGUGAAGACUGCCAGAAUUGCACAGCAAAGUAUUGUGAUUUUAUCACCUUAUAAUGCCCAGGUGUCAGAAAUCAGGAAUGAGCUGAAGAAAAAGAAGAUGGAACAAAUCCCAGUUACCACGAUCACAAAAAGUCAAGGAAGUGAAUGGCGUUAUGUCAUCUUAUCUACAGUGUGCUCUCUACCAAAUGAAGAAAUUGAGAAACAACCAGAAAGAAGCUGGCUUUCCAAACAUCUGGGCUUUGUUGGUGAUCCCAAUCAGAUAAAUGUAGCCAUCACCAGGGCCAAGGAGGGACUCUGCAUCAUUGGUGACCAAGAAUUGCUCAUGUGCAGUCCAACUUGGAGACAUCUCUUGAACCACUACACUCUUCACAAUGCAGUGACAGGUGCAGACAAGAUUUCAGUGUGUUCAGCCACCUGAUUGAUUCUGUGCUUUGUGAAGUUUGCAGCAGCAGACCAGAGCUCCUACGGGGAAGCUAGUACAAUUUUAUGAUUUUUUUUUAUGUCAUUAGUUUUCUUCUUUUUUUUCAGUUCUGUUUUUAAGUUUAUAUUGGAAAUAUUUCUUUUAUAACAUUCACCUUACUCAUUUGAAAUAUGAAUAGUAAGUAGGAAAUCCUACAACACUUCAUUACAUGAAUUGCAAAUAUUGAAUUUUGUAUCACAGUGGAUAUUUCAGUUGUGUAUCGCUAGCAGGAGACUUGGCAUGUUAUUAUAGAUCUUUUAAGUUAAUUUAGGUAUACUUGAGCUGUAUGAACUAUCAAAUUGUCAGUAGUUCCUGCUUAUUGAUGAAUUAUUUUGUUUUCUUACCUGAAACCUUGGUUUAGCACUUAAACAGCCUCACCAUUCAGUGAGCCUGUCACUGUUUUUAAGGAAAUAUUAUAAUAUUGCUUUUUUUUUUAAUUUUACAUUUUUUUAUAUUGUAUCUUCAGGGAUCAGCUUUAGCUGGAAUUUUGGACCAAAAUCCUGGUUGUUUGUUGUAUUGUUGUAUGUAUUGACAUGUGUAAAUUAUAAGUUUGAAUUUAAAUGAUAUUGCUCCUUUAUACCAUGUUUCACAUUGAACUCUGUCUUCAAAUAUAUAGUGUAAUAGUAAUAAUGCUCUCAAAUUGAUCAAUAUUCACUGUGGGUUUUGUCUUUGAUUGGCUAAUGAACUGUAUUGAAUAAAUAAUUAAUAAACUGCUCAAAAAAAUGUAAACACAUCCAAACUCAA